AUGGACGAGGCCGCGGGUGACCUGAAGCAGGCGCUGCCCUGCGUGGCCGAGGCACCGUCCGUCCACGUGGAGGUGCAGCAGCGCAGCGGGAGCACUGCAAAAAAAGAAGACAUCAAGCUGAGUGUGAGAAAGCUACUCCACAGACAUAAUAUCGUGUUUGGCGAUUACUCAUGGACUGAAUUUGAUGAGCCUUUUCUGACCAGAAAUGUGCAGUCUGUGUCUAUUGUUGACACAGAGUUAAAGGUGAAAGACCCACAGCCCAUUGAUUUGAGUGUGUGCACAAUCGCACUUCACAUCUUCCAGCUGAAUGAAGAGGGCCCCAGCAGUGAAAACUUGGAGGAAGAGUCAGAAAACAUCAUUGCUGCCAGUCACUGGGUUCUGCCUGCAGCUGAAUUCCACGGACUUUGGGACAGCUUAGUGUACGAUGUGGAAGUGAAAGCACACCUCCUCGACUAUGUGAUGACAACCUUACUGUUUUCAGACAAGAAUGUCAACAGCAACCUCAUCACCUGGAACCGAGUGGUGCUGCUGCAUGGUCCUCCAGGAACUGGAAAAACAUCCCUGUGUAAAGCAUUGGCCCAGAAAUUGACCAUUAGACUUUCAAGCAGGUACCGGUACGGCCAGUUAAUUGAGAUAAACAGCCACAGCCUCUUUUCUAAGUGGUUUUCAGAGAGUGGCAAGCUGGUGACCAAGAUGUUCCAGAAGAUUCAGGACUUGAUUGACGAUAAAGAUGCUCUGGUGUUUGUGCUGAUUGAUGAGGUGGAGAGUCUCACGGCUGCCCGCAAUGCCUGCAGGGCGGGCACUGAACCCUCAGACGCCAUCCGUGUGGUCAACGCGGUCUUGACCCAAAUUGACCAGAUUAAAAGACAUUCCAAUGUGGUGAUUCUGACUACUUCCAACAUCACUGAAAAGAUUGAUGUGGCCUUUGUGGACAGGGCUGACAUCAAGCAGUACAUUGGGCCACCCUCUGCGGCAGCCAUCUUCAAAAUCUACCUCUCGUGUUUGGAAGAACUGAUGAAGUGCCAGAUCAUAUACCCUCGCCAGCAGCUUCUGACCCUCCGAGAGCUGGAGAUGAUCGGCUUCAUCGAAAACAACGUGUCGAAACUGAGCCUGCUCUUGAGCGAAAUUUCAAGGAAGAGUGAGGGCCUCAGCGGCCGGGUCCUGAGGAAGCUGCCAUUCCUGGCUCAUGCGCUCUUCAUCCAGGCCCCCACCGUCACCAUCGAGGGGUUCCUACAGGCCCUAUCUCUGGCAGUAGACAAGCAGUUUGAAGAGAAGAAGAAGCUGUCAUCUUGCUAUUGACCUGGGCUCCUGUCCAGUGGUUCCCACUGGAGCAUGCA